CUACUCUUAAUUAAUCAAAUCAAGAAAUUUUUUAAAUGAUAAAACAAUUCCUAGAGACAGCAUCUUUUAGAGUCUUGGGUUUCAUGCCCCCACACCAAUAACAACAACAAAACCCCAUUUCUCAACCAACUUGUUUUCUUCCUCUCCUCAAACUUUUCAAGAAAACUUUUCUGAAGUUUUCUUCUUUUCUUAAAGUUUUUGAGUUCUUGGGGCAUGGAUGAUUAUAGAUCUAAGUAUUAUGGAGAAGGUGAUAUGCAAAUACAACCAUACCAAGGUGGUGGUGCUGGUGUAAAUGGUGGAAGAAAUUAUAGUCAACAAGCUCAUGGUGGUGGUGACUUUAGGAGUUACAGUACAUCAGCUACAUAUGUAUCAUCAUCAGCAGUAACAACAACUGUUGGUGGUGGUGGUGGUGGUAAUAAUAAGGAGAUGAAGUUUAAGAAAGCAAAGAGUGGUGGAACAUCAAAGAUAUGGUGUUUUAAUGAUCCUGAAAUACAAAGAAAGAAGAGAGUUGCUAGUUAUAAAAUCUACUCUGUGGAAGGAAACAUCAAAGGGACUUUUAGAAAAAGUGUUAGAUGGAUCAAAGAUAGGUACACCAAAGUUGUCUACGGGUGGUGGUGAUUGGAAUAAAUUCAUAUUGAUGAUCAUCAAAUCAAUCAAUCUAUAUCUAUCUUGAUCAAAGUACUUGUGAAUUUAUUUAUUUUUGUGUUUAAUUUUGUUGUUUGGAAAAAUUUGUAAUAACCCCCAACAAAAAAAUUCUAGAUAUUAUUAUUAUUAUCAUUAUCAAGUAAUUUGAUGAUUUGGGUUUGAUUAUGUUUGAUUUUGUGCUUGGACUCUAUUUUUUGAGGUUCAUAAAUUUGGUUUUAUGAUGUUUAGAUUCUCUCAAGGGAUUUGUGUUUUGUACUUUGUUGUCUUAGGUUUGUUUGUAGUUUUGUAGCCAGAA